AAUCCGCGCGCACCGUUGUAAAUGAUAAUUUCUCCCUCCAGAAAAUUGCCAACAGAAAACGUCCUCUGUCCUCUCCCUAAGAAAAGAAAAAAAAUCUAUCGCCAUGUCGAUGGAUGAUCUGCCUCCACCCCUCCUUCUGGAGAUACUGAAUCGAAUCAGCGAUUCCACCGACCUUGCUCGUUGCCGACUCGCAUCCAAAACGCUAAAAUCCCUCUCCUACGAGGUCCGAUCCCUCACUCUCAUCUGCUCCUUUGACCGCUACCUCCGAUCUCGAUCUCCAGACUCUAAAACCCUAACAACCCCUUUCAAAUCCAUCGUCAAGAAAAACCUCCUCUACUUAUCCAAGACCCUAGAAUCCGUCUCUGUUUCCAUCGAGAAGCCGUUCUGCGACUCCUUUGAGUACGAUGAUGGUGAGGACGAGUACGACGACCUCCAUCUCACGUCCGUCGAUUUCGUGUCCCAGUGGCUUCCGGAGGUGGGCGAACGGCUGAGAUCACUGUCAAUUUCGGAUUUCUGGAUCCAGUCGUGCUGGCGCAAGUCAGAGGUCCUGGCGCUCAUCUCUGCCUGCUGUGAUAACAGCCUUCUCAAUUUGGAACUGAAAAAUGCCUGGCUAUCAGUGGAAGGGUUAAAACUGAUGCCGAUGCUCACAAGUUUGACCCUUGAAUUCAUAAGAUUGGACGAUGAAGACCUAAACAAGGUGAAUGAAUGCUUUCCUUCUCUGCAAAUUCUUAAUUUGAUUGGGGUUGGAGGGUUUAGAGAGCCCAAAAUCCAUCUCUUGCAACUUAAAACCUGCCACUGGACAGUAUCCAAUGCUCCACUCUGUUUGGCUAUACAUGCUCCCAAGUUGAUCGACUUGACGUUGAAAUGUGUUAAACCUAAGGUCCUUGUUCUUAAAGCUCCGCUACUUUCCGUUUUGGAUCUUUCAAUUGAAAAACCAAGCUAUGACAUUGACGUAGAUAGGUUUCUCAAUUUGAAGUCUCUUAGGAUUGAGUCCUCUGAUCCACGGACCCUCGUGCGGCUUUUUCCGGACGGCAGGACUGUUGAGAAGCUGGUGCUUGAGGCACCCAAACAGGCAGAUUUGUUUGAACUGAGGGAAAUGGUCGACUUCGAGUCACUGAUGAGUACAUUUCCUAAUGUGGUGACUGUUGUCAUGGGGCCUUGGAUUUAUGUUGAAUUGGAAAAAUCUUUCGAAUGUGAGGACCCUGCUGUUAGGUUUGGAUGGAAAAGGUUAAAGAAGCUGACUGUGUAUUUGGUGUUAUCAGAGCUAGAAGUCACUUGCUCCUUCAUAUCAUUUGUGUUUGACCGGUGCAGUGCUCUAUCUGACGUGGCAAUGCUUAUCCACUCCGAUGUAAUUGAUGAUAUAAAAAACCGUCUGAUCAGUAAAUGUUUGUGUGAUUGGCCAAGGGUUGGGUGGAGAUGGGAAUGUGGAAAGAAGGACAGAAAGAUACGUGGCUUUGCGACAGUUUCUAAUCCUGCACUAUUGUCAGCAAUCAGUAUCGACAAAGAAUCACGCGGCUGAUCAUGCAGGCAGUGAGUCGGGCUUGAUUUUCCUGAAGGAUGGUGUACGUCCAUGUUGGGUACGAGCGCAUGAGCAUAUAAAUGUGGAUGCAUGCAUCUAUAAGUGUGUCUGAAUGUAUAGUAUUGUCUCUUCCAUUAAUGGAUAGCUGCCACAAAUAAGGGCUUUUGAAGUUCUCUGAGAACUUUUCAGUGAACUGUUUAAUUCCAUUGUAAUGAAUACUUGUCUUAGGAUCAAGUGCCAACCUGCUCAA